AGACAGGACAGGUCUGGAAGUGCAUUGUCUGAAACUCAAGUGCGGACCACCUGAGCACUACUGCAGGAGAGAGCAAAAAAGUAGGUACUUGACAGUGCUGAGUCAUUACAAGCGGGUUCCUUGGGUAUAGUAGGCGUCCAUGGGCCUUUUGAGCAUCAAUAAUCCCGUUCUAGAGGCAAAUAAAAUAGAUACAUAUUGUACGCAGUGAUCCACUCCCCGUGUGGGCGAGCGAGCGACCAUGGCAGGGAAUUAAGCUAGAACUACACAAACUCGCAGCUGCUCUCCAGGUACUGUAACUUUAUCCCAACACCGAAAGAUGGCUAUUGGGAUCUGGGUGGGACUAGUCCCCCAGCAGCAACCACUCAGAUCAGGGCCACACUCCGGCGCCUUUUACUCUAAGCUGUUAAAUUCCCCAGCAAUUGGCGGAUGGAGAAAGAGCCUGGGGGAAAAUGAUGCAUAAUGAUUCGUUCUCCGAGCGGAUGAAACGGAGAGUAGAGGACGCAGGAUGCUAACUGGCUUUUCCUCCCAUGUGCAGGUCACCUGAACCGCGAUGCCUUUCUAGUCUCCGAGGAGGUUCCCUGAACUCGCCAUCUGGCUCCGUUCUCCAGAGGGGAGACGAAACAGUUUCAUGCCCACCUGCCCGUGGCGUCUCCUCUCGGGCACCCUCCGCCCCGGCUCCCAAACCCUGCCCGGCGCACAAGCUGCUGUCGGCAUCCACGGUCCCGCCCGCUCCGGGCUCGGGCCGGCAGCUCCCCCGGCGGCCGCCUCUGCACCAGUCGCCAACCUCCGCGCCUGGCCGAGGUCAUGCCCGCCUGCCCCCGGCGCCGGCGAGGCCCCCUCCCGGUGCCAGGCGGCAAGCCGGAGAAGCGCCGGCAGGGAAGGGGGUCCGUGGUAGAGUUGGCACCCGGACUCACCAGUGGUAGAGAAGGCACCCCUGGAGUCCACAGGCUGGAGAAACCUGGAGUUAUGACAUGGACAAGCAAUGGAGAAGUUCACAUAGGCUUCCAAAGAGCAGGUGAGUCUUUACCCUCCUUCACUCGGCCAUUUUGUUAUAACAAACUCCCAGGAGGCUGGAUGGUACCUUCUCACACUGGGGGCAGAUCUUAUACAUUCUGUUCACCUGUUUAUGUACAAUCUUUAUCAACACCCUCAUAAAUACACCUGAGGAAGCCCAAUACUCUAUUUAAACACAAAAUUGUCCAGGCUUCCCUUUUACUAUAAGAGAAAGGGGAUUGAUAUCUACU